AUGCAACCGUGGAACGUGCUCCACCAAUUGCAUAGCCGAAUGUUUCGGCUGGCCAUAUCAAUACCUAGCUCGGGCCGGGCCUCGAUUUGUAUAUCGGCCUAG